AUGUUCCAAACGGUAGCCUUGACAGUCCUGGAACGAGAAACGACAGAAAACAAUCAAUGGGGGUUUGAGGGAUUCAAAAGCAACAGCAACCAUAUGGCCCAUUUUCAAGCGAGGAUCAAGGGACACUGGCAUGCCGAUAACGGCUCUGCAAUGCUGGGAUCGCACGAAACGAAUGUUGCGGGGCCCCGAGCGCAAGGCGCAUGGUCGAUGCCGAGCAAGCGGGGAGGGGGAGGAGCCUACUUAUACCUAGGCGGAAUACGAGGUCACUUUUUGUCUCGGGAACGCACCGUGAGACGGGAGACUCGGGCCGGGCGCGGCGAUCCGCAGCGCCGUACAGUCGGACGAAGAGUCUUCCCUUUGCCUGUCGUGUUUAUAUUCGCAGCUAGCAUUGAGGAGCUAUGGGAAGUACAGAAGCGACGGCAAGUGGAUGAGGCAGGCUUCGAAAACAAAAAGGGGAGGGAUCGCAUUUGUCGGGUCUGGAGACACACGCGCAUUUUAUACCACCGGCGUCAUCAUGACGCUUACCUGUUGCUCGCCUUUAGUUGCUUCCUCUUCUGUUUUCUCUUCUUCACUUCAACAAAUCUCCUUCAAUGCACAGUUCAACAUUCUUAUCAUACAGCCGUUUUGGUUUCUUUGCCCUUCUUUUCUCUCGAGCGCGCGUCUUAUCAGUACAUAGAAUUCCCUAACCUCCGAGAACUUUCCUCGGAAAGUGGCGAAUACUUCAAUCCAGAUUUUGGUAUUGAGCCCGUUCAUUCUUCUCUGGUCCUCUUGAAUUUACUUUUGGACCUAUCAAGCUCUCUUCUUGUCUUUGUGAGAUCAAGCUCACAACCCUGUUGGGCUCUUGCAUCCAUGGUUUUGUAUUCGGUGAUGAACCCCAAAUGCCAAGUCGAUGGGAAGACGGGUAAAGGCCAAGGAGACAUGUCUAGCUUACUGAAAUACACUGCGAACAAUUUCGGACAUUUCAUCAGUGAUGUGUACCCCUUUGUCUUGCUUCAAAUCAAGAUCCCGCUGCCUGAGGCGUACGAGUAUCUAAUUGUUGAGACUAGACCUCUCCAAGGAUUCGACGUCCUGAUCACCGUUGAUAGGUAUCCAUUGGUAGUGACAAUAUGGUUGGUACUGCUGAUACCCGUCACCCACAUCUGUGUUGCGAUUCUGGACCAUCGGAUGUUUGGCAUGGCGCUGAGUUUCUGA